CUCUCUGUUCUGUGGUAACGAUCUUUUUCAUGAUCUGUAUCUGUCAAAUGUCUGUUCGUGUUUUCGUCAAUUUCGUCAUUUUCUGGGCUGGCGUUUCGAUAACGAGUUGUCGGCCAGGAAAGAAAAUUAAGUUUUUAUAGUUGACUUUCUAAAGUGUGUGUUGAAAAGAUAUUUUUUAUUUCAAAAUUGAUAUUUUCGGUUUACUAUGCAGGGCCAAUCGGUCUCUGUAAGUGCAAAUCAACUUAACGGAAAUAUUCCUUUGGGAGCACAAGUGAUCGUCAAGAUGAACGAUGCAAUUCCAAUGAAUUCAGUUGUUAUUGCAGGUCUUCUUGAAUUAGCGCAUAGAGAGUAUCAAGCUGCUGAUUAUGACAAUGCAGAGAGACAUUGCAUGCAGCUUUUCAGACAGGAUCAAACGAAUACUGGCGUUUUAUUGUUACUUUCAAGUAUUCAUUUUCAAUGUCGAAGAUUGGAAAAAUCAGCGCAAUUUAGUACCUUGGCUAUUAAACAAAAUCCACUCUUAGCUGAGGCUUACAGUAAUCUUGGUAAUGUAUACAAGGAAAGAAAUCAGCUGCAAGAAGCAUUAGAUAACUAUAGACAUGCUGUUAGAUUAAAACCAGAUUUUAUAGAUGGUUACAUAAAUUUAGCGGCAGCUUUAGUUGCUGCCGGAGAUAUGGAACAAGCUGUACAAGCUUAUAUUACAGCCUUACAGUAUAAUCCAGAUCUCUAUUGUGUACGUAGUGAUUUAGGUAAUCUCCUUAAAGCUUUGGGUCGAUUAGAUGAAGCAAAGGCAUGUUAUCUAAAAGCCAUCGAAACUAGACCGGACUUUGCCGUCGCCUGGAGUAACUUGGGUUGUGUGUUCAAUGCACAGGGCGAGAUUUGGUUGGCGAUUCACCAUUUCGAAAAGGCAGUGGCGCUGGAUCCAAAUUUUUUGGAUGCCUAUAUUAAUCUUGGGAAUGUUUUGAAGGAAGCAAGAAUUUUUGACAGAGCGGUAGCAGCAUAUUUAAGAGCACUAAACCUAUCUCCAAAUAAUGCUGUUGUACACGGCAACCUUGCUUGUGUCUACUAUGAGCAGGGACUUAUCGAUUUGGCUAUUGAUACUUAUAGACGAGCCAUCGAACUGCAAUCCAAUUUUCCAGAUGCUUAUUGCAAUCUGGCAAAUGCACUUAAGGAAAAAGGCCAGGUUUCGGAAGCCGAGGAUUGUUAUAAUACAGCGCUAAGAUUAUGCCCAAGUCAUGCGGACUCUUUGAACAAUUUGGCAAAUAUCAAACGCGAACAGGGAUUUAUUGAAGAAGCUACACGCCUAUACCUGAAGGCUUUAGAAGUUUUCCCGGAGUUUGCUGCCGCUCAUAGUAAUUUGGCGUCGGUGUUGCAACAACAAGGUAAACUGAACGAGGCGUUGAUGCACUACAAAGAAGCUAUCAGGAUUCAACCGACGUUUGCUGAUGCAUACUCUAAUAUGGGAAAUACAUUGAAAGAGAUGCAAGACGUUGCGGGUGCUUUACAGUGUUACACUCGAGCCAUCCAAAUUAAUCCCGCUUUCGCAGACGCGCAUAGUAACUUGGCUAGCAUUCAUAAAGACUCUGGAAACAUUCCUGAAGCCAUCCAGUCAUAUCGGACAGCUUUGAAAUUAAAACCCGACUUUCCAGAUGCUUAUUGCAAUUUGGCACAUUGUUUACAAAUUGUUUGCGAUUGGUCCGACUACGAAUCAAGAAUGAAGAAGUUAGUGAAUAUUGUGGCGGAUCAGUUGGACAAAAAUCGAUUGCCAUCGGUUCAUCCGCAUCAUUCCAUGCUUUAUCCAUUGUCACAUGAGUUUAGAAAGGCCAUCGCAGCUAGACAUGCAAAUUUGUGUUUGGAAAAAAUAAAUGUGCUCCAUAAACCUCCAUACAGAUUUUCUACCGAGCUAAAAAGUAGAUUAAGAAUUGGUUACGUGAGUAGCGAUUUCGGUAAUCAUCCCACAUCACACUUGAUGCAGUCAGUUCCAGGAUUACAUGACAGAACAAAAAUUGAAGUUUUUUGUUAUGCUCUAAGUCAGGACGACGGGACUACUUUCCGAAGUAAAAUUUCCCGAGAAUGUGAACAUUUUAUUGAUUUAUCUUCGGAGCCUUGCAAUGGCAAAGCAGCUGAUAGAAUCUACUCUGAUAAUAUUCAUAUCUUAGUAAACAUGAAUGGAUAUACUAAAGGAGCAAGAAAUGAGAUUUUUGCUUUAAGACCUGCACCCAUUCAGGUUAUGUGGUUGGGUUAUCCGGGAACCAGUGGGGCUAGCUACAUGGACUACUUGAUUACUGAUGCUGUGACAUCCCCACUUGAAUUAGCCAGUCAAUACAGUGAAAAGUUAGCUUAUAUGCCCUAUACAUAUUUCGUUGGGGACCACAAACAGAUGUUUCCGCAUUUGAAAGAACGAAUUAUUGUGUCAGAUAGAAAUGGGACUGGUUCUGGUUUGGCUGAUAACGUAGCUAUUAUUAAUGCAGCUGAUUUAUCGCCUUUAUGCGAAAAUACCGAGGUUAAAGAAGUAAUAGAAAUUGUUAAAGCACAUAAACCAGUUGAAAUUAGUCUUAAAGUAGCCGAAUUGCCUACCACCACACCUAUCGAAAACAUGAUUGCUUCAGGACAGGUUCAGACUUCUCUGAAUGGUGUUUUAGUACAGAAUGGUUUGGCAACCACACAAACUAACAAUAAAGCUGCUACAGGGGAAGAAGUACCACAAAAUAUUGUUAUUACCACUAGACAGCAAUAUGGAUUACCCGAUGAUGCAGUUGUAUAUUGUAAUUUUAAUCAGUUGUACAAGAUUGAUCCUGUGACGCUCCAUAUGUGGGUUAAUAUUCUGAAAGCAGUACCAAAUGCAGUACUGUGGUUGCUACGGUUUCCUGCUGUAGGCGAGCCCAAUUUAUUAAAUACGGCACAGCAGUUAGGCUUGUCGCCGAAUAGGAUUUUGUUCAGUAACGUGGCAGCUAAAGAAGAGCAUGUACGACGCGGCCAGCUGGCGGACGUUUGUCUAGACACACCACUUUGUAAUGGACACACCACAAGUAUGGAUGUUCUUUGGACGGGUACGCCGGUGGUCACUUUACCUGGCGAAACUUUGGCUUCCAGGGUAGCAGCUAGUCAGUUAAAUACAUUGGGUUGUCCGGAACUUAUUGCCAGAACUCGGCAAGAAUACCAGGAUAUAGCUAUUAAGUUAGGAACAGAUAAAGAAUAUUUGAAGGCCAUGAGACAUAAAGUAUGGACAGCUAGAUCUAACUCGCCAUUAUUUGAUUGCAAGAUAUACGCUGAGGGAUUAGAGUUGCUCUAUGGUAAAAUGUGGGAUCAAUUCAAUAAAGUCCAAAAAGCAGAUCACAUUACCGAUACGACAGUUAAAAAGUGGCCAUAGACUAUGAAGAGUAUUUUCAAAAUAUAUCAGUUCAGAAGAAGGAAGUUUUUUGCAAUAUUCUUUUCUAUAUUCAUUCUGCUUUGUCUAUUAUUUGUAUGUAUUUUUAUAAGCAUAUAACAAUUUUGUUUAAAAAUGUUAUGUAUAGUUAAGAAUAUUUCAAAACUCUUCUUAACAAAAAUAUAUAUAUUGUGUAUAUGGAUAAUAUAUUAGACACUACUUCCGUUUCUAUUUUAAGAGACAGUUUUCUGCGUCCUGUGUAUAUUGGCAUAGAUUUUAAGAUAAGAUAAUAUAUAACUUUAAAGAUGAUAUAUUGUCAUUGUAAUUUAUUAUAUUCCAGUGAUAUGCUUAGUAA